AUGGAUAAUGGCGCCGAGGCUGGACGAUACGCGGGGAGCGUGAGAGUGCAGUGCCUGUGCAAGGAGAGAGAGCACAGUGUGACCUCCGCCCUCCGGCAGGUGUGGACCAGGUGCUCGUACCCGUGCUCCUGCCCGGCGCAGGCCCCCUCGUGUCCCGGGGGCGCGCCCCUCGUGCGGGACGCCUGCGGCUGCUGCGACGUGUGCGCGCGCCAGCUGGCAGAGCCGUGCAGCGCCGCGGCGCCGUGCGACGCCUCGCGGGGGCUGGUGUGCCGCCCGCCCGCCCGGGGCGCCUGCCGAGGUGACCUUGCCUCUUCACUCCGCUCACCCGCUAUCCCGCUCACCCGCUCCCCCGCUCCCCCGCACACCCGCUCCACCGCUCUCCCGCUCCACCGCUCCACCGCUCCCCCGCUCCAUCGCUCCCCCGCUCCACCGCUCCACCGCUCCACCGCUCCCCCGCUCCAUCGCUCCCCCGCUCACCCGCUCCACCGCUCUCCCGCUCCACCCCUCCACCGCUCCCCCCGCUCCAUCGCUCCCCCGCUCCACCGCUCCAUCGCUCUCCCGCUCCACCGCUCCACCGCUCCCCCGCUCCACCGCUCCCCCGCUCCACCGCUCCACCGCUCUCCCCGCUCCACCCCUCCACCGCUCCCCCCGCUCCAUCGCUCCCCCGCUCACCCGCUCCACUGCUCUCCCGCUUCACCGCUCCCCCGCUCCAUCGCUCCCCCGCUCCACCGCUCCAUCGCUCUCCCGCUCCACCGCUCCACCGCUCUCCCGCUCCACCGCUCCCCCGCUCCACCGCUCCACCGCUCCCCCGCUCCAUCGCUCCCCCGCUCCCCCGCUCCAUCGCUCCCCCGCUCACCCGCUCCACCGCUCUCCCGCUCACCGCUCCCCCGCUCCACCGCUCCCCCGCUCUCCCGCUCCCCCGCUCUCCCGCUCCACCGCUCCACCGCUCCACCGCUCCCCCGCUCUCCCCGCUCCCCCGCUCCCCCGCUCACCCGCUCCCCCGCUCCCCCGCUCACCCGCUCCACCGCUCUCCCGCUCCACCGCUCCACCGCUCCCCCGCUCCAUCGCUCCCCCGCUCCACCGCUCCACCGCUCCACCGCUCCCCCGCCCCCGCUCUCCCGCUCCCCCGCUCCCCCGCUCACCCGCUCCACCGCUCUCCCGCUCCACCGCUCCACCGCUCCCCCGCUCCAUCGCUCCCCCGCUCCACCGCUCCACCGCUCCACCGCUCCCCCGCUCUCCCGCUCCCCCGCUCCCCCGCUCUCCCGCUCUCCCGCUCACCCGCUCUCCCGCUCCACCGCUCCACCGCUCCCCCGCUCCACCGCUCCCCCGCUCUCCCGCUCCCCCGCUCUCCCGCUCCACCGCUCCCCCGCUCUCCCGCUCCCCCGCUCCCCCGCUCCCCCGCUCCAUCGCUCCCCCGCUCCACCGCUCCCCCGCUCCACCGCUCCCCCGAACCCCCGCUCCACCGCUCCACCGCUCCACCGCUCUCCCGCUCCACCGCUCUCCCGCUCCCCCGCUCCACCGCUCUCCCGCUCCACCGCUCCCCCCGCUCCCCCGCCCCACCGCUCCACCGCUCCCCCGCUCCACUGCUCUUCCGCUCCCCCGCUCCUGCGCUCCCUCCCCCCGGCCCAGGAACUGCCUUGCCUCGUGGGCAACAGGACCUACCACAACGGGGAGACUUUCCUGCUGGACUGCAGGACGCAGUGCUCCUGCCAGAACGGGACGUACGCCUGCGCCUCGCUGUGUCCCCAGGAGUACAUCUCGCCGCGGGGCUCCUGCGCGCACCCCCGCCUGGUUGACGUGCCGGGCCAGUGCUGCAGGGAGUGGAUGUGCGACAGUGCCUCAGCCCAGCAUCCGCCCGACUGCCGGGAGGACGUCUCGUCCUGGAGUGCCUGCUCGUCGGCCUGCGGGGCGGGGCUGUCCCGCCGCGUGGCGGGGGGCAACUCGCCGUGCCCCGUCGCCAACGAGACCCGCCUGUGCCAGGUGCGCGCCUGCGAGCCCGGGGAGGACCCGCCCUCUGCCGACGGCGACCGGCACCACCACGUCAGGAAGGGCCACGAGUGCAAGGCCACGCAGCGGGCGGGAAAGCCAGCGCGGCUGCAGCUGGGACCCUGCUGGAGCCGCAAGCUGUACCGCCCCAAGAUGUGCGGCCGCUGCGCCUCCAGCCAGCUGUGCUGCGAGCCGCACGUGAGCGCCACCCUGCGGGUGGACGUGCUGUGCGAGGGCGCGCCGCCGCCGGACCUGGCCGCCGCCCUCAGGCCGGGGGCGGAGCUGUGGCGCGCCGCGAAGCUCGCGCCGCCCCCGGCUGCCCGGGUCCCCGCGCAGGUGCCGCUGCAGUGGGUCAUCAAGUGCCGCUGCUCCGGGGAGUGCAGCCCCAGCGCUACGGGCCCCACCACCAAGAGCCCGGCCCCCACCAACGAGGACGGCGAGCUGAUCCUGCACCGCGUGCACCGCACCACCGCGCCCUGA